UUAUACUGUAAUUAUUAAUAUCGUAUUGUUUACAUAACGAAUUUUAGUUGUGGAUUAUUUUCGUCAAAUCAUCAAAUUGCGUAUCAAUAAAGUUACACAAACAAUUUUAAAGAAAUAAUGUCUGGAGAACAGUUUUCUUUAGUUUGGAAUAGUUUUCCUAGAAAUUUAUCCUCUGGAUUAUAUACUUUAUUAACUGAUGAACAAUUAGUUGAUGUAACAUUAGCUGCAGAAGGUCAAAUAUUACGUGCACAUAAAUUAAUAUUGUCAGUUUGUAGUCCAUAUUUUAGGGAAUUGUUCAAGGGAAAUUCUUGUAAACAUCCAAUUGUGAUUUUAAAAGAUGUCAAUUAUCGUGAUCUGUCAGCAAUGCUUCACUUUAUGUACCAAGGAGAAGUUAACAUUAAACAAGAAGAUAUUGCUAGUUUCUUAAAAGUAGCAGAAAGUUUACAAAUAAAAGGAUUAACUACAGGAACAGAAGAGAAAUUUGAAGAAAAUUUGACAAAGAAUGCAGAAAACUUAGAUCAAAUAUUGAAUAUAGAAAACAGCAGUAUUAAUUUUGUUAAUUCAAAUGCAAAUGCUUUGAUUUCAAAAGAAGAAAGAUCUGUGCAGAAAAAUCAACAAUGCCAAAAACAACAUGUUCUAUCAAAAGAUGAAUUACACAAUGAUGAACUAUCAUUAGAGAAUAAAAAUGUCAGUGAUAAAUGUUACCAACAAUAUUCUAUUUCUAAUUCAACUUAUAAUGUUCAAAAUUCUCAUAUGGAACAAAAUAAUAGUUCAACAAAUUUAGAAGAUGAACCAUUGGAUUGUACAGCUGAUGUAACUCAUAUGGAAUCAACAAAGCAUGAACCAUUGGAUUAUACACUUGAUAUAGAUACAGAAACAGGAUAUAAAACAUGUUUGCCUAAUGAAUCACUUUAUAAAUCUGAUGAAAAUUUUGAGACAAAAGAUUAUGUACCAGAUAUGCAGUUAGUUCCCUAUAAUCAGAAUGCCCAAACUCAACCAUUUAGUUUAAAUAACGUAAGUGGUUUUGAAAAUGAAUUUACAUAUGAAACUGGUUGUCAUAGUAAAGGUCGACGUACUGUUAAAGGUAUUUCCAACAAUAGUUUACCAUUAGAAACAACUUUGCGUGUUGUAUCUGAAUUGGGACCAACUUUACGUAUGGAAAGAGGCAAAGUUAUUCGAAUGUAUUCAUGUCCAUGGUGUCUUCGUCAUUUUACACGUAAAGAAAAUUUAAAAUUACAUGUUCGAUAUAUUCAUGGUCCACUUGAAAGUCUAACAUGUAGACUAUGUGGUAAUAAAUAUAAGAAUAGUAACAGUUUACGUGUACAUUCAUAUCUUUAUCAUAAUGCUAAACGGGACAAACCUAAUAAGCCAUUACUUGAUGGUGGAGAAUGAAAUUAAAAAGAAAAAAAGAACUGAUAUUAAAAUUUGCACAAAAUUACUGCAUAAUAUAUGCAAUAUUGUUACAAUUUCAUUUUUAAGAAAAUUGACUGCAUGUGCUGAUUAACAAAAAAAUUUAUAAAAAUCUAAUUAUUUAAUAUUUUUUAUUUUGUUUUUAUUAAUGAUUGUUAAACUAUUUAAAGACUUCAUAAAUUUGGAGGAAUACAAUAUUCUCUAAAUUAAUUAAAGAGAUUUAGAUUGUAGAAAUAAUUACAUAUUUUAUAUAAAAUAUUAUAUUAAAAAAAUUUAAUUUAA